AUGAAAUACUCGAUUAGUUCUUUUGAUUCUCUUUCUUCUAAGGCUAGAUCUCUGUUUUUAUCAAAGAAAUUUGAAUACUCUUUCUAUGUCAAGUCUUUUUGCUAGAUAAUUUUGAAUUAUUAUAGUAAUUGUUUGUAUAUCUUAUUUAGAUAACACUAAUUGAAUCAUUUAUUAUUUUUCUGUUAAUUUUUCUAGGAUUUCAACUGUUAAACCUACUAAAUUUUUAUGAUUAAUCAAAGCUUUCUAUUAAAAUCAAAUCUAUCUUGAAAAUUAUUAGAAAAGAAGAAAUUACUAAAAGAAUAUGACUAAGAUAUUUUAAAUAAGACUCUAUAGAAAUUAGAAUAUGAUCCUCUAAAUACAAAAUAAAUCAGAUCAAAAGAAACACUUUUGGUUACUAACAAAAUUACUAUAGUCAAAUAAAAAAUUUAGACCUCAGAUUCUAAAGGGAAUUUUGCUGCUAAACCAAACAUGGCUUUUGCAGAUUCUUUUCGAACUAUGGAACCAAUUCAAGAAAAAAAGGUUAAAAUCUAGAAAAAUACAGAUGAUGAUGAUGAAAUAGAUAUAAGAAUAAUUGAUGGAAUAUAACGUGCUGCAUUAAUUAGAGUAUAUUGUUCUAAAUAAAUUACUUUAUUUGAUAAUAAAGUUAAAAUACCGAUUGUUCUUUUGGUUUAAUCUCUACCUCAAUAUAGAAUUUUAUGUGAAAAGAUUGAUAUUACUAAACUUCAUAAUGCUUAAGAAACAAUUCAAUUUUUAUCUUCAAAUCAAGAAAGAAAGAUCAUAUUUGAUUAGGUUAUAUUGAAACUAUGUGAAUAUACAUAACAUUUGAAAGAAUUAAGUGAAAAACUUAUCAAACAAAAAAAUAAAAUAGUAGCUUAAAAGUUUGAUAAAGACAAUGCUUCUUUCUUAAUCUUGCAUCAAAAUCAAUUAGAAUAAAUUUUAAAAGCAAGAAAAUAGAGUUUCGCAUUUGAUGCAUGAUAUGAUAAUAAAAGAAUGGGUAAACUAGUAAUCUUAUUUGGAAUGGUGGGGAUUAAAUAAACAGGAUCAUAAUUUACAUUUUCUAAUUUCAUAUAGAAGUUUAACAAAUUCAAAAUGAUUAAAUUUAUGAAAAAGUGAUACUUUAAAAACCUUAAAGCAAUCCUAAAUUAUAUUAAACUAUAAAUUCAUUAGAAUAGAAGAAGGAC